AACGUUAAGUCAUCCUCAUGACGUGCAGAUGUUGGCGAGUGACUGAAUCAUUCUUCUUGAAUACGCGUCAUUUCUAAUUUAAUUUACACUAACUACUGUUGUACUACUCCUACUUUAUUUUAUCCAACUACUAUAAAUACCCCAAGAAUAUACAAGUUAUUCUCCACUGCAAUUUCCCAAACAUUUCAAAUAUUCCUUCUCCUCUCUUUCACUCUCUCUGCCUACUGAAUUAUAUUUCUAAACAAGUUCAGUUUCCACCCAAAAAACAAAAUGAAGCAAAAGGUUGUUAUCAGAUUGUCUUUGAGUGGAAAUGAUCAGAAAUAUCGAACCAAGGCCUUCAAGAUUGCUGUUUCCCAAUCAGGUGUGGAAUCAGCAGCUAUAAAAGGGGACGAUAAGAAUCAACUAGAAGUUGUGGGAGAGAUAGACGCGGCGGCUCUAACGAGCUUGUUGAGGAAGAAUUUGGGUCAGGCGGACCUAGUGAGCGUCGGCCCGGCUGGUGGUGGGGGCGAUAAAGGGCCCAAAGCUGGUUCAGAUAAAAUGCAUGAAGUUGCCGCUGCAAUGGUUCAGUCACAACCUGCCUUGUACUAUUAUGCCUAUCCAUCUUAUCAAUAUCCUGUUUACAAAGUUAACGAUCCGUAUGACCAACCCAGCUGUUCAAUUAUGUGAAUGCCAAUUCGGAAUGAAAGAGAUUAUGGAUUCUAUAAUCAUCUCAAGUUGUUGUAUGUAAGAUAAUAAUUCAAUUUAAAAUCGAAUAUUUAUAGGUAGGUAUAUAGAGUUUAAGAAAACUUAUUGGGUUUCUGUGAACGAACAGGCGAGAUAGUGGAUCCGCCCCUAUAUGUCAGCCAAGUUUUUGGUCUGGCUAGAGAGCUUAAUGGAUUAUCUAGUAGAUGAAAAGUUUUGGUUUUCUUUUUUCA